CAAGAUGCAGACUUGGCGGUUGUAGUGUCGUGUCGUGUCGUCAAUCGGUAAACACCAGUACGCAGAUCCCACAAGAUUGACGAAGAAGAAGACUUAGAAGAAGCAAAAAUGGCGGGGGAGACGAGCGAAAGCAACAGCUCAAUCGUUAGCCUUGAUCAUCUACCCUUGGCCCUGCUCGCCACCAUCAUGAUAAAGCUCGACGUGGCCUCCGUCUGCUCCGUCGCAUCCACCUGCACCGCCUUCAAAGCCUGCGCCUCUCACAUCCUCUCCUUCAUUCCCUCCUUCCACAUCCUCGAAAUAGCGCCUUCCAUGGAGUUGCUGAGACCCCUGUUGCUCCCAAACCCCUGGCUGAAGAGCGUGAAGGUGAACUGCGGCCUGCUUGACGAUUCCGCCAUUCAGAUUCUGCUUCAGCCGUCGCUGGAAGAGCUCUGUAUGCUCAAUUGCGCGGAUUUUAGCGGCAAAUUGCUUUCGGAAAUCGGAGCCCGGUGCAAGGAUCUGAGGUCUCUGUGCUUGGGGUCAGUUGCCGAAAAGAGAGGGCGGGCUAUUCAUAUUUCUGAUUUGGAGGAGUUGCUCAGUGGUUGCACUCAAUUACAAGCACUGGUCUUGAUGUUUGAUGUAUCAUCAAUCUAUCUCCGUCAUAACUUUGCUCAAGUUUGGGCUUUGGCGUCGGAGAAACUCACGUCUCUCGAGAUUGGCUACAUUUCAUCAUUGAUGGUGACUGAACUACUUUGCACGAAUUUUGUAUCCCAUCAGCCAUCAAACCGUAUUCAGCCUUCAAUAUUGCCAAACAUUCACAAAUUGUGCCUUUCAGUUGACUAUAUAACUGAUGCUAUGGUUGGAGCGAUUUCUAAAGGUCUCCUGUCCCUCACCCAUUUGGAUCUUAGAGAUACACCCCUCAUAGAACCAAGAGUUUCAUUUGACCUUACAAACUCUGGCCUUCAACAGAUUAAUCAGUAUGGGAAGUUGAAGCAUCUCUCAUUGGUUCGGAGCCAGGAGUAUGUCGUUACCUAUUUUAGAAGAGUAAAUGAUCUUGGGCUUCUCUUAUUGGCUGACAAGUGUGAAAACAUGGAAAGCAUAUUUCUCAGUGGCUUCUGUCGUGUUACAGACACGGGUUUCAAAACGAUCUUGCAUUCUUGCUCCAAGUUAUAUAAACUUAGGGUGUCUCAUGGGACUCAAUUAACUGAUUUGGUUUUUCAUGACAUUUCUGCAACUUCCCUUUCUUUAACACAUGUUAGCUUGAGACUCUGCACUCUUUUAACCAACCAUGCAGUGACUAGUUUGGCGUCUAACAAGGAUCUGAAAGUUUUGGAUUUGAGAGAUUGCAGAAACCUCGGGGAUGAAUCCCUCCGAGCCAUAAGCACUCUUCCAAAGGUAAAGACAUUGUUGCUGGAUGGCUCUGACAUUAGUGAUGUGGGAUUAUCAUAUUUGAGACAAGUGGUCAUAAGUUCACUAAUUUCACUGUCUCUUAGAGGAUGCAAGAAACUUACAGAUAAAUGUAUCUCUGCUCUAUUUGAUGGCUCUUCCAAGUUGGAGCUGCAAGAAUUAGACUUGUCCAAUCUUCCUAAUCUCUCCGACAAUGCAGUUCUAUUACUGGCAAAGAGUAGGAUUCCGCUACUUGAACUGCGCAUGCGGCAAUGCCCACUCAUAGGUGACACUUCGGUAAUGGCAUUAGCCUCUAUGCAAGUUGACGAGGAGAGGUGGCAUGGUAACGGCUUGAGGUUGUUGGAUCUGUUUAAUUGCGGUGGGAUUACCCCUCUUUCAUUCCGGUGGUUGAAGAAACCAUAUUUUCCAAGACUCAGAUGGUUGGGAGUCACGGGCAGUGUAAAUAGGGAUGUGGUAGAUGCUUUAGCUCGAAGUAGACCGUUCUUGCAUGUGUCGUGCCGUGGUGAGGAGCUGGGAGUUGAGCAAGGGGAUACCGCUGAUGAUGUUUACAUGCAUGACUAUGAUGAGAUGGACGAGCUUGAACGCUGGCUUGCAGAAGAUGAUUAUGUUGAUGAAGAUAUGGUGGCAGAUGAAGAUAUGGUGAAUGCAGAAGCAGUGGAGUGAUCAAACACUUAAUUUCUUAUUAUGUUAUUGUUAAUAAUGGUUGUUCUGUUGAAACUAUAGUUUUUUUAUGACGAACGAUAUUAGUACUCUAAACUAUGCUAAGGGGAGUGGUGAGGGUUUGAACCCAAAACAAAGCGGGAUGAAGAGAAAUUCAUCGGGACAAUCCAUCCCUUGCAAAGUGUAUCAUGUUUUAUUGAUUACUGUUGUAUGAUUUACUCCAAAUCCGUUAUCUGGACCUUUUAAUCUCUGUAAUUAUUUUGGAUAAUUGGAAAUAGUUUUUCACUUAA